GGGUUGCGUCCGCCCAUGUUCCGGGUUAUGUUGGACAACAUGGCUGAAGAAAACAGCUCGCUGAAUAUUUGGCCAGAAAUAGAAAAGGCAGAAAAGGAGAAUAGACGUGAGCUGGUGCUUCAGGGUUCAGCAGUUGACAAAAAGAUCCAGAGCAGCGGCGGACUUCACGCGCGACUUUAUUCCCUUUCUCUCCUUAACUACCUGGAGAUCAGUCAGUGUCCCAGUUUACACGAGAUCCACGAGAACAUCAGACAUCUGUCCCAUCUACAGAGUCUGAUCCUCUGCAGGAACAAGCUCACCGCAGUCCCAAAAAGCAUUGGCGAUCUGAAGGCGAUCAAAGUCCUGGAUUUGUCCGUCAACCAGCUGCAGUCUUUGCCCGAGGAGAUCUGUGCACUGAGCGAGCUCAACACUUUAAAUAUCAGCUGCAACAGCAUCACUGCUCUGCCGGAUGGCCUUAGCAAGUGUGUAAAGCUCGCCAGCAUCAAUGUGUCCAAAAAUGCACUCUCGCGGAUCCCAGAUGACUUAUGGUGCUCCAACCUGGAGCUCCUCAGCACCAUCAUUGCAUCAGAAAACGCGAUAGAGCAGCUGAGCAGUGAGGUCCAUAACCUGCCUGCGCUCAAGGUUUUGGAUCUCUCCAGCAACAAGCUUCAGGAGCUUCCAUGGGAGCUGGCCGACUGCUCCAAGCUGAAAGAGACCAAUUUUAAAGGGAACAAGCUGAAGGACAAGAGGCUUGAGAAGAUGGUGAACGGCUGCCAAACCAAAUCAGUCCUAGAUUACCUGAGGGCAGGUGGGAGGGGGAAAGGGAAAGGCAAGCAACAGGAUGGAGAGGCGAGUGAGAAGCUUGUCUCAAAGAAGAAAAGCGGUGGAAAGCAGAAAGGCAAAAAAGAGGCAGAGGAAGUGGAUGAGCUUAAUCGGAUGGUUGUGAGAGUUCUGCAUGUAUCCAAAGUGCCAACAGCAGUUACAGUCAAAGUUUCUGAAGGCAUCAAGGAUGUCCGGCCAUACAUUGUGUGCUGCAUUGUAAAAGGCAUGAACCUCAGACAAGGAAAUGCACUCAAGCGAUUUUUGGUGGCUCAGACCAAACUUCACGAUGAGAUUUGUGGCAAAAGGACAACGGCAACAAUCGCAACUCAUGACCUGGGCUUGCUCAAGGCUCCUCUGUUGUAUGAUGCCAGGCCACGAGAUACACUGAAGAUCGUUCCUCUUGGUCGUAAGGAGAUGAGGGCAGCUGAACUGCUGGAGCUACUUCAACAGGAAGCAGAUGAGCUAAGAAAACAUAAAAAACGACAGAACGUUUCAGGACUCCAUAAAUACCUUCAACUCCUUGAUGGGAAGGAUUUUUACCCCUGCUUGGUUGACGCAGAGGAUCAUGUGGUCUCAUUCCCACCAAUCACAAACAGCGAGAGGACAAAGAUAAAGAGGUCCACACAAGAGCUGUUUUUAGAGGUGACGAGUUCCACCAGUCUGCAGAUCUGUAAAGAUGUCAUGGACGCAUUGAUAAUAAGAAUGGCAGAGCUUAAUAAAUUAACCUUUGAUGUAAAGGAGGAUGUGGGCUCAGAUGAAGAGACUGAUGUGAUUUCAGCUCCUCCUGCAGAUGACCCGGCCUCCUCUGAGCUGACCGUAGUACAAGUGAAGGUAGUGGACGUAGAUGGAAACCUUAAAGUGGUCUACCCAUCAAAAACUGACCUGAUAUCUGACGUCAGCAAUCUAACAGUCAUCCGAUAACAAAUUCAACCGUUGGUUUUCUGUCCAAUUUUGCAAUGCAUUUUGUAAUGCAUCAUUAAAUAAGAAUGGAUAUUAAAACAUUAAUUCAAA